GUCCCACACACAAACGCGAGUUUCACGCAAACCGUCGAGAGAGCGGACGUAGUUGUAAUACUCGGGGACUCGGACGGAGCACAGAGCGAAAAAUCGAUUGAUUUUUAUCCUUAAUCCAGGAGCAGCGAGCAGUCAGCCAAUCCUUCCUAUCCAGGCAAAAAUUGUGCUCGAUUGUGGUGCGGUGCCGAGUUGCGGAAAAAUUUGAUCACGUAAUUAGCAAAUUAAGGCCACCGUGAGAAUCUUCCUUCCCUGGAGCGGUGAUUUUCGAACUGUAUUUCGCGACUGUGUAUGGAAGUGAAAUUUUAGGGCGUUAAAAGAAGUGAUUAUCAUCAUUCAUUCGCCUACUGUGUGUUUUGUGCGGUUGUGGUGUUUUUUUUUCUCCGCAUAUAUUCUUCAUUCAUUCACGCUGAUUGCAGUGUCGAUCGCUUCGUUUGCUAUUGGCAAAAGAAAAGUGUAUAUUGCGGAGGAGUGGGGCUUUGCUUGCUAUGCUGCGUUGGAUAACCGUUCCACAGAUUGGUAAAAGUAAUUGACUUGAGAUCUUGUUAUUAUCAAUCGUAUCCCUGAAUGAGCUGAGUUAGGGAUUCGUCGAUUGAAGAACUGCUGACUGGACACAUCGUAAAACAAACGAAUCAAAACAAAACUCAACCAAGAAACUAGGGAAAGAAGUUACAGCGGAAGAGGUUUUGCACCAAGAUGGCACCAGUUCGGGGUGACGGAAUGCGGGGUCUGGCCGUUUUCAUCUCAGACAUACGAAACUGUAAAAGCAAAGAAGCUGAAAUCAAGCGAAUUAACAAGGAGCUCGCCAAUAUAAGAAGUAAAUUUAAAGGUGACAAAACAUUAGACGGUUAUCAGAAGAAGAAGUAUGUCUGCAAACUGCUUUUUAUUUUCCUACUUGGACACGAUAUUGAUUUUGGUCAGAUGGAGGCUGUCAAUUUGCUGUCUUCGAAUAAAUAUUCCGAAAAACAAAUUGGUUAUCUUUUCAUCUCGGUGCUGGUCAACACCAAUAGCGAUCUGAUCAAGUUGAUCAUCCAAAGUAUCAAGAAUGACUUACAAUCCCGUAAUCCGAUCCAUGUUAAUCUGGCACUGCAGUGCAUUGCAAACAUUGGAAGUCGUGACAUGGCUGAGGCUUUCUCGAAUGAAAUUCCGAAACUGCUCGUUUCUGGGGAUACAAUGGACGUGGUUAAACAAUCGGCUGCUCUUUGUCUGUUGCGGUUAUUCCGCACCUGUCCGGACAUUAUCCCUGGAGGAGAGUGGACCAGCCGGAUAAUUCAUCUGUUGAAUGAUCAACAUAUGGGAGUGGUCACAGCAGCAACGAGUCUGAUAGAUGCUCUGGUGAAGAAGAACCCAGAUGAAUACAAGGGAUGCGUUAGCUUAGCCGUUUCUAGACUUUCUCGCAUUGUGACUGCUUCCUAUACCGAUUUGCAAGAUUACACGUACUAUUUCGUUCCAGCUCCUUGGCUUUCGGUCAAGCUGCUCCGACUUUUGCAGAACUAUAAUCCUCCCACGGAAGAUCCCGGCGUGAGGGGCCGUUUGAACGAAUGCCUUGAGACUAUUUUGAAUAAAGCACAAGAACCGCCGAAGAGCAAGAAGGUUCAGCAUUCCAAUGCUAAGAAUGCUGUUCUGUUCGAAGCAAUCAACUUGAUCAUUCACAACGACAGCGAGGCGAAUCUGUUGGUUCGAGCCUGUAACCAAUUGGGUCAGUUCCUGAGCAACCGUGAGACGAACUUACGUUACUUGGCUCUUGAAUCCAUGUGCCAUUUAGCUACAUCUGAAUUUUCGCACGAAGCCGUUAAGAAGCACCAGGAGGUGGUUAUCCUCUCGAUGAAGAUGGAGAAGGAUGUUUCGGUUCGUCAACAGGCGGUCGAUUUGUUGUAUGCAAUGUGCGAUCGUACGAAUGCUGAGGAAAUUGUACAGGAAAUGUUGAAUUAUCUGGAGACGGCCGAUUAUUCCAUCCGUGAAGAAAUGGUAUUGAAGGUGGCCAUUUUGGCGGAAAAGUACGCCACUGACUUCACUUGGUACGUGGACGUUAUUUUGAAUUUGAUCCGCAUUGCUGGUGAUUAUGUUUCCGAGGAGGUGUGGUAUCGUGUAAUUCAAAUUGUUAUUAACCGAGAGGAAGUACAGGGUUAUGCCGCUAAAACUGUCUUCGAAGCCUUGCAAGCACCCGCCUGCCACGAAAACAUGGUCAAGGUUGGCGGUUAUAUCCUGGGUGAGUUUGGCAACUUGAUUGCCGGCGAUUCUCGUUCCGCUCCGAUGGUCCAAUUUAAAUUGCUCCACUCGAAAUAUCAUCUCUGCUCCUCGAUGACACGGGCACUGCUUCUCUCGACCUAUAUCAAGUUUAUCAAUCUGUUUCCGGAGAUCCGCUCCACCAUACAGGAUGUAUUCAGGCAGCACAGCAAUCUGCGAUCGGCGGAUGCUGAACUUCAGCAGAGGGCAAGUGAGUACCUUCAGCUGAGUAUUGUUGCCUCGACGGAUGUGCUGGCAACGGUUCUCGAGGAAAUGCCAUCCUUCCCGGAGCGUGAGAGCUCCAUUUUGGCCGUACUGAAGAAGAAAAAACCGGGUCGUGUGCCCGAGAAUGCGGAGAUUCGGGACAAUAAAAGUCCGGUGCCUAACGCACACAAUGCUCACACUACACAAACCAAUCACAUUGCUGGGACGAACAAUUCCAAUGCCAGUUCGGAUCUUCUCGGUUUGAGCACACCUCCAGCGACACAAUCCCAAACAGGAACGCUCAUUGAUGUCCUUGGAGAUAUUUAUAGUGCUACAAACGGUAACAGCAGUGUCAUCAACAACGCAAAAAAAUUCGUGUUCAAAAACAACGGCGUCCUGUUCGAGAAUGAUCUGCUGCAGAUUGGAGUCAAGAGUGAAUUCCGUCAGAAUCUUGGCCGCCUUGGACUGUACUAUGGCAAUAAGACGCAAACGGCGCUGCAAAAUUUUGUCCCCACGCUGCAAUGGUCCGCCGAGGAUGCGCUCAAGCUGAACGUGCAGAUUAAGGCCGUCGAGCCAACGUUGGAGGCCGGAGCUCAAAUCCAACAGUUGCUCACGGCAGAGUGCAUCGACAAUUAUAGUGGUGCCCCGUCGAUCGUCAUCAGCUUCCGGGUGAAUGGUGGAGCGCCGCAGAAGAUCAACGUUCUGUUGCCGCUUACGGUGAAUAAAUUCUUUGAACCGACUGAAAUGAACGCCGAGUCGUUCUUUGCGCGAUGGAAGAACUUGGGAGGCGAACAGCAACGAGCGCAACGUGUAUUUAAGGCCCAACAGCCGCUUGAUUUGCCUGGUGCUCGGAACAAAUUGAUCGGAUUCGGAAUGCAACUGCUGGAAGGAAUUGAUCCCAAUCCGGACAAUAUGGUUUGCGCCGGUAUCAUACACACCCAGGCCCAUAAAGUCGGCUGUUUGUUGCGUCUCGAACCGAACAAACAAGCGCAGGUACAGAUGUUCCGCCUAACCAUCCGUUCCAGCUUAGAGAAUGUCACGCAGGAGAUCUGCGAGCUGUUGGCAGAUCAAUUUUAAAUCCUAUAGAUACAUUGAUCAUGAAAUUGACCGAUCAGCAUUUUCUUUUUAUGCAAAUUACGUUGACUGUAUUCCUGUCGGCUAGGAGAAGAAAAUGUGCAUGAUGCUGCAACACGGCAACAACAAUGAGCUGAUAAUAUUAAUAUUGAAAAGCAAACGCUAUGUUUGGGAGAGAGAGAGAGAGCGAAUGGAAGACGAUAACGAGGAGGAGAAUCGUGUAGUUGGUCGCUGGUCGUGAGUAUAUGAAGCGAAGCAAACGUCAGUAGUAAACAACAUAUGAUCUAUGUUAAAUCUUGUAAUAGAGCUAUUGCAAUCAUGCGGGCAUGGCAUCGAACAAAUAGAAGCCUCAUUCGAUCGAACACAAUCUCUUGUAGGAGGCAUGAAUGCAAAACUUUUGUUCUGUGUGUGAUUCUGAUCCGCAUUAGUGAUAACAACUUAUCGAGUCUACUCUCUCCAACACUCCUUCCUGGUAGAAUUUCCGAGUUAGAGUGAUAAAGUAUUGAUUAUAGGAAACGAUAAAUCGCUAUCGUACAGAUUAUGAUUCCGAGUAGUUGUUGAAAUUGUUUAGAAAUGUAUGAAUAUUUUGGACUAUCAAAAGCUGAUUUGGUUUUACUCUACGGGGGGACGAAAGUCUAGAAAAUCUCAUUAUUGCAUAGACAUACCCAUAACACAGACAUUAGAGGUGUAAACUAAACUGAAAAAUUGAGAAUAAUUAAAUUGUAGUAAAUAAUUUGCUAAAUUAAGAAAAUUAAACAAGGAUCAAACACUAUUUGGAACAGUCAUGGAGAUUUCACAAUGAGCUAAUACUUAUUCAUUAGAUCAUCACAUUCAAGCGGUCCACAUCGUUUUCGCGUUUUAUAUUAAUUGAAUCUUGGAACAAGAAAUUGCACAAAACAUCAUGACCAAUGGAGAAUCGAUAUUAGGUGCAAUAACAAAGUGGAAAGGAAGCCUCUGUCUCAGACUGAGAAACGGCCCCUUGUUUCCCUUGCCACAAACAUUCUUCGAGAUACCUUCACCAUCGUACUGUGUGUAAUAUACAAUAUUCUGAUUUAA